AUGAGUAUCUUGAGGGGAUUGCCUCAGGGAUCUCUCUUGAGUCCUCUACUGUAUAAUUUAUAUACAUCAGGAGUGGGACAGGUGAUUAGGGAACUAGAGGUGAAAAUCUUACAGUAUGCGGAUGAUAUAGCUGUGUAUUUGGAGUAUGUAGAUAGAGAGGGGGGAGUUAGGAGGCUGGAAGAAGCGUUGGAAAGACUUAGAGAGUAUUUGGCGGAAUUGGAUCUGGAAAUAGCUCCGGAGAAAACCCAGAUUCUGACGUUCUCGGGAAGGAAGGGAAGUAUUAGUAGCUUGGGCAGUAGGAUAUGCUUAGGGGAUAUAGAUGUGGAAGAAGUUGGGCAGGCAAGGUUUUUAGGAGUAGUAUUCGAUAGAAACCUAUUGUUUAGAGAGCAUGCUAAAUAUGUGGUAGAAAGGGUUAGGAAAAGGAUGAACAUUCUGAAGUGUAUAGGAGGAGUUAAUAAAGGAGCCGAUCCAGAAACGGCAUUAAGGGUGUUUAAAGCUAUUAUCAGGUCCGUAAUAGAAUAUGGAUCGAUAGUUUACUGGAAUAGGAAUAGGUUCACGGAUAGGUUACAAAAGAUCCACAAUGCGGGAAUUAGAGUUGCUUUAGGAUAUAGGUUGUCCACUCCAAUCAAUGUGAUGGAGGUGGAAGCAGGGGUGAUGAAUUUAGAAGUGAGAUUAGGUAUGUUAGCUGUGUUGUACAUGGUCAGGAAAGGUUUUAUAGAGGAUAGAGAGGUUAUACAAGCAAUUGAAGGAAGGAUUAGGAAUGGAAAGUCAGGGGAAGCUAGGCAAGAGGUUGACCUGGUGAAAGAAGGGUGGUUGGCAAGCAGAACCUGGUUGGAGGUUAUGGAAAGGAGAGGGAAAGGUUCGAAAAAAGGCAAAUGGAGUGAAGAAAGAAUAGAAAGAUGGCUGGAUAUAGAUUCGGGAGGGAACAUGCUGGUGGAGGGGUUUCCAGAACAGGCCCUUCUAGGAGAAAUCAAAAAAAAGAUUUUUGGACAGAGCAGCAGCAUAUUGGAGAUUUACACAGAUGGAUCGAGAAUCGAGGGCAGGGAAAAUGGAGGUGGUGGGAUAGUAAUUAGGAGAGGGAGGGAUGAAUGGGAAGAAGUGGGGUUCACGGCGCACCCAUCGUGUUCUGUUUUCUCGAUUGAGUUACAGGCUAUUGGAAGAGCGGUGGAAAUAGCGAGGGAAAGGUUUAGGGACAGGGAUGUUCUGAUAUUGUCGGAUUCUCUGAGUGCCAUUAGGGCUCUGGGAGGGGAGGAAAGAGGAAUCUUAGAGAUGGGCGUGAUACAUGAAAUAAGAAGGGGAAUAAAGAAAAGAAAUUUUGAAGCAUCAGAAGAAGGGGAAGGUAGAGUGGGAUUGGCCUGGAUCCCAGCUCAUGUAGGGAUAACAGGUAAUGAAAGAGCAAAUGGGGUGGCGAAGGAAUAUACUGUAGGUGAGCCUGAAUUUUGGGUAAAAGCUUUGUGGAGAGAUAUUAAGCGAGUUAUCGUGAAGGAAAAAUGGAAAGAAUCUGAUGAGAGAAAUUUGAGGCAGGGGGAAUUCAAGGGGAGAAAAUAUUUUAGAUCCAAAUGGAACAAUGUGGGGAAGGAUUUCCCCUGGUUCAGGUUUCUUGGGAAUGUUAAGAGAGAUACUAUUACGAUACUUAAUAGGAUUAGAUCAGAUCAUUAUAACUUGAACUGGUCAUUAUUCAGGAAAUUUAUGAAAGAUUCUCCCUAUUGUGACAUUUGUGAUGAUUUUGAAGACAUAGAGCAUGUUCUAUGGUCUUGCAAUAAGUAUGUGGACCAAAGAGUUAGAUUAGUGGAAAAUUUAAGAAGGUGCAAUGUACCAAGAGGGGCACAGUUUUUUGAAAGUAGCGCCAUGGGAGAGUGGAGGGCCCUCAGACUGAUUGCGGGCUUUUUAAAGAAAUGUAAUAUCGUGGUGUAA